GUAUUCAAUUAAUUGUAUUUGCUAAUAAAUGUGUAGCAAUUUGCGUAAUAACUUCCUUUUUAAAAACUUAUUUAAUCGACGACCUUCUUAGAUUAAUAACUUACCGCGUCAAACUCACAUGCUUUACACGUAAAAAAAGUAUGUCGCUGGAAGAAAGUAUAAAAGAGGAAGACAAGUGCAUAAAAGAGGAGCCUCACUGUCAUAUUGACCAUCAUGUAAGCACUGGGCUGAACCCUGAAGUACAUAUAAAGGCAGAGUCUGAAUGUGCCACAGAUAUACCAGAGAGCAAAGAGGAUUCAGAAGAUCUUGUGAGGGAUGAGCUGGCUGGGCAUACCGGCCAGGAAGUUAAGAAAGAACUUGACCUGGCUUCGGAACUGUUACGUCAGAUCGAAGAUGACCAUAUUGCAAUUGAUGGAUGGAUGGAAACACGGAUUAAGGAGGAGACAAAUCCGGAGUUUUUAAGUUGUGUCAAGCAAAUAUUGCACCAGAAUUGUGUUGUCAAACUCGAGCGCAUACCUAUUGAUAAUUUCAAGAAAUCUCAACGCUAUUCAUUUCCUAGGUUAACUUCUAUUCCAACAGAAAAAGUCAAGAGAACAAGAAAAAACUGCAACAAAAACACCCUUAAAGUUGCAAAGAAAGUUUACAUUUGUGAUACUUGCAGCAAACCAUAUGCGAGGAGAGCUUCAAUUAUCAAACACUUACUAAAUAAAAUGUGUGGAAAACCUUAUGCUUGUGAAAUAUGUCAAAAGAAGUUCCCGUACCCUUCGUCUUUACGUCAACAUAAGUUAACUCAUUCAGGGGAGAAACCUUUGUGUGAAAAACCUUACGCUUGUGAAAUAUGUGAAAAGAAGUUCCCGUACCCUUCGUCUUUACGUAACCAUAAGUUAACUCAUUCAGGGGAGAAACCUUUGUGUGAAAAACCUUACGCUUGUGAAAUAUGUCAAAAGAAGUUCCCGUACCCUUCGUCUUUACGUAAACAUAAGUUAACUCAUUCAGGGGAGAAACCUUUCAAGUGUGAGCUAUGUGGAAGAAAUUGUGCCACUCAGUCAUCCUUGAAAUACCAUGUGUUGUUACACAUGGAUGACCGUCCGUUUUCUUGUGAUAUAUGUAACAGGAAAUUUAUCAAGAAAAGAUAUUUAAUCGACCAUAAACUUUCUCACUCGGACGAGAUGCCUUUUGAGUGCGAUGUUUGUGGGAAGCGAUUGAAACAUAAAGAAAGUUUGGACGAUCAUUUACAAACGCACGGAUUUUACGGUAAUAAACAGGUGUUUUCCUGCGACUUUUGUGAAAGCAAGUUUGGUCGAAAGUCACAUUUGGCUAUACAUGAGAGAAGACACACUGGCGAGAAGCCAUUUCCAUGUGAAGUUUGCAAAAAGGGUUUUAUUUCUAACUCAGUGUUAACAUCACAUAUGAGAAUACACACUGGGGAAAGACCUUAUGCCUGCGCCAUAUGCCCAAUGCGGUUCACAACAAGUGGAAGAUUAAGUUUCCAUAAGCAAAAGCAUUCGAGAGCGAAGUAUAAGCCACGAAUUUGUCAAGGGCAAGUGUUUAGGUGAAAUUUCAGAGGGUAUUAAAUUCUCUUGCACAGUGUAAUCAUUAAAUUUGUUGAAACUUCACGAAAAAAUUAAGGACUAACUAUUCGCUUUUGUUGUUUUGUAUUUAAUUAUGCGUCGUUUAACUGAGGCGGUUGGUAAGAAGUUAUUAUGGUCAGCUUUCAGUCCCAAAACUCAGGCAAGAAAAUCACAUUUACGUCCGUCUGAAAAUGUAUAAUUUGUUA